AUGUCUACUGAAGAGGGUUUUCUUGAAUCUCUAUGGAGGGACAUUGAUAUGAAUAGGCUACACCAUGACCCAACAGACGAUCUUAAUCUGAUAAUUGUGUCACAUGGGCUUGCUAUUCGUGUUUUUCUUAUGAAGUGGUUUAAGUGGACUGUGGAACAGUUUGAGUUCUUAAAUAACCUUGGGAAUUGCGAGUUUCGAGUGAUGCAGCUGGGUAAUGGCGGAGAAUACAGUCUAGCAAUAAACCAUAGUGAUGAAGAACUGCAAGAAUGGGGAUUGUCUCCUGACAUGAUAGCCGACCAAAAUGUCCAUGGUAUCUCGACACCUUCUUUGACCAGUUUGCAGACUCCAGUGGUGAGGAUGGUGAGGACUUGCAGCGCUGCUAAUAUUGUUGGAGACUGUGUGCCGAAGAAGAGGAACAGAAAGCCGUCUCCAAAGCUGACGGAGGCCAACUCAUCGGCGGUUUUCUUACAGAUCGGCGACCAUGCCCAACUAGCUUAUACUCACUCCAAUCAUCCUGAUUUUCAGCCGAGAACAGCUGUGCGUAUUCGCCCAACUCUAUAUCUCUGA